AUGUUGACUGGAUCACAAACAACUCCCACCUUGACGCCAUCUGAGAGGAGCCGCCUGGUGCGCUCUACUCGCAAACUCCAAGCAGUACUUGGUGCUGCCCCGCAAGAUAUCGAAGCAGCGGUAUUCAACGCUCCGAGAGCGAAUUGUCGUUGGACCUCGCCCGAAACUAACGGACGGCCCCUUUGCGCUCCCCACUGUGCCCAUCUUUUCCUCGAUGAACGACACCGUAGCUUUCGGGAUCUUUCCGACGAUAUACUUUCUUCGCCACCCAUUCCCCUUUCACCAACCUCGAUUAACUCCUCCCGCACUCCCUCUCCUCCUGUCGUGGAGCUUAAAGCUCCGCAAGACAGACGGAGACAACAUGCUGCAAAACUCAGCCGGACGUUGGGGGAAAAUGUCGCUCCCGAAUUACUGCAGUCGUCUCCCGUUCCAAUACCAGGCCUUCGCCGCUCGACUAGCGUAUUCGGACUUGAAUCUUCACGUUCUCCGGCUCCACGCCCUCAAACGAUGGCUCGCUCACUGUCAAUGUAUUCCACCACGUCUGACAGUGAUGAAUCCUUCGUUCUCGUUUCUGCUCCGCCCGCUCCCGCAGUCGUGCCUUCGUCCCAGCUUUUAUCCGGCGAGCCCCACAUUUUCUCCCAUGACAUCCUUUUUGCGUUCGUCUUCGACGCGAUCGCCUCCACUUGCGACGGCACGGCCUCGCGUUGA